AUGUCACAUUCUCCCGGGGAGCUGAAGGGCAUCGCCAUUGCAGGGCGAGUCUCCUCGGUUCUCUCUAUUCUAGGUUCAUUCACAAUAAUAGGAGCUUUUGCUCUGUCCCGGCACUUUCGGAGUCCCAUUCACCGAAUUAUCUUUUACAAUGCCUUUUAUAAUCUUUUUGACUCCGUCGCUACUAUGAUUUCCACCAGUGGACCGGCCGCAGGCGAACUUUCAUCUUUAUGUCAGUUUCAAGGUUUUGCGCUGCAAAUGUAUGUUCCUGAUGUGCUCUGGACAUUCGCAAUGGCCCUGGACACAUAUCUGGUGGUCUUCCACCAUUUUGAUACCCAAUCUUUGCGCAAGCUCGAGAUCAAGUACACCGGUGUAAUUACCACACUCUCAUUCAUUCCUGCCUUUGUUUUCCUUUUCAUCCGUGGUCGGGAAAAGGGCCCUAUCUAUGGCGAUGAGACCAUAUGGUGCUCUGUGUCUCGCAAAUGGAUGAUCCUACGGAUUAUCUUUUAUUAUGCACCAGUAUGGUUCAUAAUAGUGGUGGUCUUAAUAUUAUACACGCUUAUCGGCAUCGAAAUUACAAGAGUCCGCGACGAGUUCAAACUGACCGAUGACGAUCAUAUUGCAUUGACCUCUGGAAAUUCAGCCAGCAGUAUCACGACAACAAUUGAAGCCAGAUCUCAGGGGACUCAGUCAGUCGAUCCUGAAUCUAUACCGACACCUCCAUCUGCAUUCAAAGCAUCUUUGGCGGCCCAUCAGGUCCAAAAGCAGAGACGUGUCUCCUUGAGACAAUAUGUUAUUAUGCCGUCGCUGUUCUUUCUCGCGAUGCUGACCACUUGGAUCGCACCCACCAUCAACCGUAUCUCAGAGUUUGUCCAUCACCGACACGGAACAUUUGCACUUUUGGUCUCUGUGAGUACUUUGGGGUCCCUUAGGGGGUUUUGGAACGGUGUCAUAUUCGUCACUAUUGGCAUGAAAGGUUUGAAAAGGCGAGCCUCUGAAAGAAGGAUAGCUUUAAGACAGGUGAGUUCACUUCUGUCACUUUUCUUCUCGGUUUUGAAAGCUGUUCAAAUCUUAACUAAAAACUACAGACGUUAUAGAUGA